AUGAUUGACGAAACAACAUCGGGUACUAAACAUCCAACGCCGCACCUGCGACUCAGCCAACGUCGGUGUACUACUUCGCCCAUCAUGCGUCCCACUGCUACACGUCUAGAUGGAAUGCCCGGACCUAAAUCAUUUUGCCCUUGGUGGGGUGACACCAGCAUACACAAACAGAGAGGAGUGGUUGUCUACACUGUCUCGCCAUUCAGACAGCGCGGCUCAAAAGCUGUAAUUAGAGGUUGGCUGUUCAACGGCUACAGGCGUCUUGCUGCCCAAGUUCCCUACUGGAUAGUCCCCUUUGCUAUCGGAUAUGGAACAUACACGUGGGGCAACAGUCGUUACGCUUGGCAAAACAGCAAGGCUGGACAUAUUGCACUUGGUGAACACCACCACUGA